UUUGAAAACCAAUUUGGCGAUCUCUGCACUCAUUGAAGGGAAAACCAAUCUGACGAAUGUCUUUGAUGAAUGUAUGAAGUUCAUCCGAUUGUUUUAGAGCUUGGCAAACCUUCUUAUAUGAUUUCAGCAGUAAUCUGCGCUGCCAUCUACUUCACCAUAGGCAUUAUCGGGUACCUUUUGUUUGGAGAAUCAAUCGUGGUUGAUAUAUUAGUAAAUUUCGAUAGAACUUCUGAUACAGCAAGUGGUGCAUUACUGAAUGACAUAGUUAGAUUAAGCUAUGCAUUCCACCUUAUGCUGGUGUUUCCUCUCUUGAACUUCUCCUUAGGGGCAAACAUCGGUCAAUUUCCUUUCCCCAAGAAGUCUUUGCUGGCAAGAGACACAACCAGAUUUGUGUCCCUCACUCUAAUCUUAUUAAUCUUCACUUACCUGUUAGCAAUAGCCAUUCCAAAUGUAUGGUACUUCUUUCAGUUUGUGGGAUCAACCUCUGCAGUGUGUCUUGCCUUUAUUUUUCCAGGUGCUAUUGUGCUAAGGGAUACUCACAGGAUAUCUACAACUAAGGAUGGGAUCAUAGUUGUCCUUUUCUUCACUUCUUUGUUGCCCAAAUGUUUUUGUAGUUGAGGUGCCUGUUUUUUUGUGUAUCUUAGAAUUCAGCAGCCAAAAUUAAGCAGGGUCUCUGAAAAUUUAGUAUGCAAACAUGCAAGUUGAGCAGUUCAUUGUUGCUAUCUACUGCAACGAAGUUCUGGAUAUAAUUUUUCAUAAUAUCCUACAAUGAGGCUACGAGGAGGAGCCCUCUUAUCAAAUUGAGUGAGACUCUUGGUGUCAGCAAUCAUCUCAGUUGCUCUAUCCUAUCUUUGAUAAAAAAUGAUAAUUCAGCUACCAAUUCUAUCAGUACAUCACAAUAUUUGCAGAACCCAUCUUUGUGCUUGUCUAUUUCGUUUCAUUUUAUUUCUUGAAAUGACAUAAACAGAGUGUUUGUUUCAAUCUCA